AUGUUUGCAGAAGAAGAAGAAAUUUAUUAUGAAGCCCUGAAAAGAAACACACGCCUACAGUACACAGGUGAAAAUUCUAGGGAAAGGGAUGGCUCCAUCGAUGCCACCAGCAACCAUCUGUCUUCAUCUCCUGGCUCCGUUUCUGCAGAGUGUCCAGAGAAGCCCCGGGCUGUCAUCCCGCAACACCCAAGCUGGCGGGACGCAGCGGCCGCGGCUCCCGGGCAGGAGCCCCCGAGCAGGUGGGGGCGGCGGCCCCGCCUCCGCGUCCCGGCAGCACCAGAGCUGGCGGCCGGGGAGCGAGCUGGGCGCACCGAGUGCAGCACCGAGCGCCGCGCGGCCUCAGCGGCGUCGCCUGGAGCACCGGCGCUGCGGGACGGAGCCCGGAGCGGGAAGGCAGCGGGGAAGGCGGCCCCAGCUGGAGUCCAGACUGGUCCCCGGCACAGCCAUCGACAGAGCAGAAACCUUUCUCUUGGGACCAUUCAUAAGCAAGAGACACCAACACUGCCAUGCCCGUGCCGCCGCCACCCCCCACCUCCUCUGCCUCCACCUCCCCCGCCUCUGGGAGCUCCUCCCCCGCCUCUUGGAGCUCCUCCCCCUCCCCCACCACCAGCACCUCCGGUCAGCACCGACACUUCGGGCUUGAGAAAGCCAGAUCUGAAAGGUCGGAGUGCCCUGUUGGCUGAUAUCCAGCAAGGAACUCGCCUGCGAAAGGUCACACAGAUCAAUGAUCGCAGUGCCCCACAAAUUGAGAGUUCCAAAGGAACCAACAAAGAAGGAGGAGGCUCUACCAAUUCCCGAGGAGGAAACACACCCCCAGCCCUGGGAGAUCUCUUUGCUGGUGGCUUUCCUGUGUUGCGACCAACAGGCCAGAGGGAUGUAGCAGGUGGCAAGACAGGGCAGGCCCCUGGCUCAAGAGCACCUUCUCCCCGGCUUCCCACAAAAACCAUCAGUGGCCCGCUCAACCCCCCUGCAUCUCCCAGGCUAGGCAAUGCCUCUGAGGCCCACGGCGCUACCAGGAUAGUCCCUCCGCGCCCCAAUGUGCCCGCCCCACCUCCGCCUCCUCCGCCCCUACCCCCACCGCUACCACCGUCUUCCCCCACCAAAGCCUCGCUGGUGUCCCCACCCGGCCCACCGACCAAAGGGAGCUCUCCUGCAGCUGCACCCUCUGUCCCGUGUCCGCCGCCGCCACCACCGCCUCCGCCACUUCCCCCGACCCCACCCCCUCUGCCCCCGUCGUCGGUGCUGAGUGACAAGGCAGUGAGACCUCCCCUGGCCCCCUUGCACCUCCCGCCCAUCCCGCCCCCGCUCCCUCUCCUCCCACCCUGUGGGUAUCCAGGACUCAAUGCGGAGCCUGCCAGCCCCGCGCAAGAGGUGCCGGAGCCUCCCGCCCCUCCGCCACCGCCACCGCCACCCCCACCCCCGCCGCCCCCGCUCCCCCUGCAUGCUUCCUGUUCGCCCAGGGCUUCUGUACCAGCGCCCCCCUUGCCCGGCGCUAAUAACAGCAGCGAAACCCCUCCCCCGCUGCCCCCCAAGUCCCCCAGCUUUCAGGCCCAACAGCAGAAGGCCAGCGUGCAGGGCUUGCCGGCACCGCCCGGCCCUCCGGGAUCUCAGCCGCUCCUGCAGAAGAGGAGGUUUUGCCGAGGCCCAGGGACCAGUGGGGGAAAGCUAAAUCCACCUCCAGCACCCCCUGCAAGAUCACCCACCACAGAGCUUUCAAGCAAGAGCCAGCAGAACUCUGCCUGGACGCCCACCCAGCAGCCCGGAGGUCAGCUGAGGAAUGGAAGCCUACACAUCACUGAUGACUUCGAGUCUAAAUUCACGUUCCAUUCUGUGGAAGACUUCCCCCCUCCAGACGAAUAUAAACCAUGCCAGAAGAUUUACCCCAGCAAAGUCCCCCGAAGCCGCACACCUGGUCCCUGGCUCCAGGCUGAGGCAGCUGGACAGAGCCCGGAUGACAUCAAAGGCAGAAAUGCUCAGUUAUCUCUAAAAACACUCCGGUGAGAAGAUGGAUGAAGCCAAGGUCCAGGGGUUCCAUGUCACAGGAUGGCCACCCCCGGAGAAUGUGUCAGGCCCCACCAUACUCACGCUGUAUUCAGUUGACGAACAGGCUCUGAAUGGAGCACUUAUUUAUUGUAAAUACGUGGUUUGCACGGGCUUUAAAGCAGUUGACUUUGAGUUAUUUGAGUAAUAUUUUUAAAAACAACCACCAUUUCCCCAUUAUUUAAAAUGUAUCUUGGCAUUUGUCUGUACAGACAGAGCCCUGUCCCACUCCAUUGUGUCUAUCCUGUGACUGUACAUAUGCUUGCAGGCUGGCCCUUCCUAGAUUCUGAACCAUUUUAGAGCGUCCUUAGUUUGUAGGUGAUCCCAAAGUCCAGAGUAUUCACAACAGCUUCUUAUUGGCAUGACUUUAUAUCCUCAUUGCACCAACUGCAAAAUCAAACCAAAUAAUGCCUUAUAAACGAUGCAGCUCAGAGGAAGUAGUGUGUGCCCACACCCGACGGUGCCGCGCAGCCUCCGGUGAGUGAGAUGUCAUGUCUCACUUGCAGUCUGCAGUACAGGGAUGUCUUUUUGCUGCCUAAUGUAAAUAUACCACACUGUAAAGGCAGGAGAGGGCUCGGCCCCUCCACUGCCUUCCACAGGGCCCUUUUGUAACUGAAUUAUCCUACAAGUAGCCAAUGCUCUUACUGUUUACAGUGCUCCUAGUGCCCAUGUCUCUGUCACUUCCCUCCUGUUCCUCCAAGUUCCCAGUCCCAUCCUGGUAGCCCAGAGAAGGUCAGCUUUAGGAGAUUUGGGUAUUUUUUUUUUCCUUUAGGAAAAAACAUACACUAGUCAUGAUUAUCGUGAACUGCUAAUUCUAUCCCAGAGGUGUCCAGCCCCCCAGCCAAGCAAAGAUUUCCUUGGAAAAUAUGACAAGGGUAGAACAAAAUGUCUGGUGAAUUAUAUGCCUCAAGUACCUGGCCACCACACCGCCACAACCCGAGGAAUCUGGGAACCACCGGGGGCCACACCCAACUCCCUUCCCAGCAGAGGGAGGAUGUUACUGGCCCAUAGCUUCCCUGAGAUGAGUGCACAUUCAGCUCCUUGAAUAUGCAGGUUCCAACUGGGCUAGAGCUACUCCUCACCUUUUCCUUGAGCAGCAAAGGCACCCAGGUGGGUUUUUGCUGACCUCGAAUGCUCCCUAUCCUUGAGGCAGCGAACACUGAGACAGAUGAAGGAGAGAGUAGGAGGAAACAGGGGAGGGAGAAGAAGAAGGUAGUGGAAAACAGGUUUGCUUUGGAACAAUCCACUCAGUUCCUCAUGGCUUCAGGAUGCAGGUGAGCAGGAUUUGGCCAACGUGACUGCAGACACCUUGCUGUGGUCUGGAGUCAGUCAGGCUGUGUCCUACAUCAGUGUGUGCUUUCCCGUUCCCCACAGGAGAAACGGAGUCAGCGUCAAGUUCACAUCUCUGGGGAUGACUCAGGCCAAAUAGUCUCAGCUAAAAUCCUUGAUAAAGAAGCUUUCUCAGGCUUUUUGCAUUAUUGACUUGUUGUAUUAGUUCUGGAAGUUUACCAAAAGGUCAGGAUAUCAUUUUGGGGACAGUAUCCACUCUGCCUUCCUUCCAGUUGCAUAAGAUACUUUUAAGAGCUUUCAUUUUCCUGAUGGAGAAGGCCCUAGACGGUUCCACUUUGCCGUGGACUGCUGGCCCCGGUGAGGCGUUCGUAAGUUCUUCUGCACUACUGGGAUAGAAAGUUAAAAUAAAACCAUUCAAGGACAGAGGGAAGGAAGGAGCAGAAACCAAAAAUGGCAAAUAAGGAGCAACCUCAGGAAUCUGGCAUCAUGCGUGUCCUCAAGACCUGUCACUGAACGCACGCCCUCCAAGCUCGGGCAGUGUACAGGCUGAGCCCCUUGACCGUGGACUCAUCAGAGAGGCGUCCCUGCCACCUCCCAUAUCCUCACUGACCCUGAUGUCUGUGACUCUCCCUGUGUUUCACCUGUAUUUUAUAUUUAUUGAUGCCUUCCUCUGCAGAUUCCUUUCUUUGUACUUAAUAAACUGACUUUAAUAAGUGGAAAUGCUUCUGAGGUCAUU